AUGGAAAUGCAGCAAAACUGCAGCAUUUCAUGCUUCUGGGAAACCCAACCUCUGGGUUGUGUGAAGAUCAGUUGUAUCUUUUACCACAGCAAACCCCGAAAUAUCAAUGGAUUAUUUUUGCCACCAAGUAGCAAUACCACCUUACAGAAAGAAAGUCAGGAAGGAAGCCCACCCCCAACCCAGAGUCAGGAACCUCUGAAACCCAUGGAGAAUGUAUCAAGACCCAUUCAUCAUCCAUUAGUUUUAAAAACUAACUUUGAAGAAGAGGAGGAGGAGGAAGAGGAACCAAAUGAUGCUUCUAGUUUAUGGACAAAGACUCCUGAAGAAAUUGAAGAGAAAAGAGCAAUAAAGGAGAUGUGUUAUAAAUCUGGUGAAUACUAUAGAUUCCAUGCUCCUCCAGACAUCCCAUCAUCAAAAAGCGUAGCUCCGACAGUGGAGAAAGAAUUAGAAAAGCCUUUGGAAAAUGGCACUGAAUUACAAGAAGGCGAUGGUCUUACAGUUCCAACAAAGUUUAGCCUAUUUGAAAGGGCGGGAGAGGCAAAAACAUCAUUGGAUAGGAAACCAAGGACUGACAUUGCUGCUUUUGAAAAUGGAGGAGGUGACUGCUAUGCUCCACAGAGGAUCAUAUUUCUUGGAGUGGAUGAAAGUGAAGCAUUAGCUGAAGACAAAGAAACCACCUCAAAAUGUUCAAAUGCCAAAGAAAGCAAGAAUGGUCUUCAUCCGAAGCAUCCUCUAACUACUCGCCUAGUGCCUACGACACACGUGCUGAAUGCCACUGAGAAUAUCAGCAUGAAGUGCAGAGAGAACCCCUCUUCAAUGAAUGAUGUCCAGCCAGUGAGGAAGCCUCAUUUCAAAGGUGUGAAGAAAAGAAAAUGGAUAUAUGAUGAACCCAAGAACUUUACUGGCUCUGGAAUGCGAAGAGCAGUGCACAUCCCAAAUCCCAAACAUAAAAUGAGUUACCAUCAUCAUAAUAAAAACCGGAAUGCCGAGAACGCCUCCUAUACGCAUGCUCAAAGAGAUGCAGUAAGAACUGUCACACUGAACGCCCCUCCCCGAAGCAGGCCUACAAGCGGGUCCUACAACAAAACUGAUGUCAACAAGGAACCCAAACUCAACCUCUGUCCAGAUAAACAUAUGUCAACAUCAUAUAAUGGUUCAGCCUGGCGAAGAAGAAUUCCUUUUUCAAAAACUUAUUCAAAAACUGAAAAGGUAUAUCCAGAGCCAAGAAGAAAUGGGAGUAAGUAA